AUGGCGGAGAAGGAGGAGGUGGUGGAGAUGGAGGAAGAAGAAGAACUGGAGAACAAGAUGAAGCUGAACAGGGAGGAGCGGAAGGUCUCGUGGGUGAGACUGCGUCGCAUCGACUCUCUCAACCUGGAGGCCGGUCGAGUCUCCAUGUCCCACGCCAACUCCUCCAAGGUGAAUUGGCAAAGGACGAUGAGUUUGGCAUUUCAGAGUAUAGGAGUGGUGUACGGUGACAUAGGGACGUCUCCACUCUACGUGUACUCGAGUACGUUUACAAAGGGAAUCAAGGACACUCAGGACAUUCUUGGCGUUCUGUCGCUAAUCAUCUACACAAUUGCCCUCAUCCCCUUGCUCAAGUAUAUCUUCAUCGUUCUCUUGGCCAAUGACAAUGGCGACGGAGGGACGUUCGCAUUGUACUCACUGAUAUGCAGGUAUACGAAGGUGAGCCUAAUCCCGAAUCAACAGCCAGAGGAUCGAGAACUUUCAAACUACAAGCUCGACGCUCCGUCAAGUCAAUUGCGACGAGCACAGAAGAUUAAGGAGAUGCUCGAGAACAGCAAGACUGCCCAGAUCAUGCUCUUUCUCAUCACCAUCAUGGGCACUUCGAUGGUCAUCGGGGACGGUGUUCUCACUCCAUCCAUGUCAGUUCUUUCCGCAGUGGGCGGGAUCAAGUCACUGGGCCAAGAUGUGGUGGUGGUGAUAUCGGUAGUGAUCCUGAUAAUCCUUUUCUACGUCCAGAGGUACGGGACGGACCGGGUCGGGUUCACGUUUGCGCCCAUCAUCUUCGUCUGGUUCGCGUUCAUUAGCAGCAUCGGGCUCUUCAACCUGUUCAAGUACGACAUCGGCGUGUUGCGUGCCUUCAACCCAAAGUACAUCGUCGACUACUUCAACCGCAACGGCAAGCAAGCCUGGGUCUCGCUUGGCGGCAUCUUCCUCUGCAUUACAGGCACUGAGGCCAUGUUUGCUGAUCUGGGUCAUUUCAAUGUUCGAGCAAUCCAAAUCAGCUUCUCUUGUCUCACGUUUCCUGCACUUUUGACCGCAUAUAGUGGACAAGCAGCUUAUCUCAUGAAGCACCAACACAAUGUUAAGAACACUUUUUAUGACUCAAUCCCAGAUCCAUUGUACUGGCCGAUGUUCGUGGUGGCGGUCGCCGCGGCAAUCAUCGCGAGCCAGGCAAUGAUCUCAGGGACAUUCUCCAUCGUCUCGCAAUCCCUGACUUUGGGCUGCUUCCCAAGGGUCAAGGUGGUUCACACGUCCGCCAAGUACGAGGGCCAGGUUUACAUACCGGAGGUGAACUACAUGCUCAUGGUCGCCUGCGUCUUGGUCACCACCGGCUUCCAGACCCCAACCAAUAUCGGCAACGCCUACGGAAUUGCUGUCGUGAGCGUCAUGCUGAUCACGACUUGUAUGCUCACUCUUAUCAUGCUCGUGAUAUGGAAGACGAGCAUAUGGUGGAUAGUGCUCUUCUUCGCCAUCUUCGGCUCGAUCGAAUUGCUCUAUCUCUCAUCGGUCUACUACAAGUUCGUAGAGGGCGGUUUCCUGCCUCUCGUGUUCGCGGCCGUCCUCAUGGCCGUCAUGAUAAUCUGGCAUUACGUCCAAAAACAACGGUACAUGUACGAGCUCAAGAACAAGGUCUCAGCCGAGUUUAUCAGGGAUCUCGCGGCGAACCCAAGAACCAACCGUGUCCCCGGGGUUGCCCUCCUGUACUCAGAGCUCGUGCAGGGCAUUCCUCCGAUAUUAUCGCAUUUUGUGGCAAAUAUUCCGUCUAUCCAUUCGGUUCUAGUCCUCGUCUCGAUCAAGAACCUCCCGAUCAGCAAGGUCGCGCUAGAGGAACGGUUCUUGUUCAAGCAGGUGGAGCCGAGGGGCUUCAGGAUGUUCCGCUGUGUCGUGCGGUAUGGAUACAAGGACAAGAUGGAGGAGCCGCACGAGUUCGAGCGCCGGUUGGCGGACAGGUUGAAGGAAUUCAUCCAGCAUGAGUACUUCUUCCUCGAGGCCAAGAACAAGGAUGACAACCAAAAGGAUGAGACCACAAUCCAAGUGGCCGAAGAGGAGAUGCAGUUCGUGCAGAAAGCGAUGGAGGGGGGCGCAGUGUACCUCCUUGGGGAAGCCGAGGUGGUCGCCGAGCCGAACUCGUCCUUGUUCAAGAAGAUCGUCGUCAACUACGCCUACAGUUUCCUCAGGAAGAAUUUCAGGCAAGGCGAGAAAAUCAUGGCGGUCCCAAGGAAUAGGCUUCUGAGGGUUGGCAUGACAUAUGAGAUAUGAAUGAAAGGAGAACGCUACAUGUGGUCAAAUAAGACUCAGCAACUUUUAGUGGGAAAGUUGCUACAUGCAUGUUUAUGGUGAGAGGAGAAGUUGAAGAAACAUCAUGUCC